AUGAACGAUAUAAGGUUGCUGAAGGAACAGCAGCGUGAUAAGCAUCCCGGGUUCGAUUCGUACCUUGAGUGUAUGACUCGGUCGUUGUUUACCGGGUUGGCCACUUUUUCACUGGGAUUCGCGAGUGUCUACUUCCUGCAGCAGAUCGGACAGCGCUAUCUGCCGUACCCACGGAAAGGAAACAUACUGGUGGCGGUUCUCGUGGCCACGGGGGCUUCGUACAAAGUGACAUCGGAUCGUACCCGUGCCUGCCAGGCACGGUGGAUGGCCGUAGAAGAGAAGUACAGUGUGUUACAAGAGACACUCGACAAAUCGGAUGAGAUUUCCACUGGGAAAGGUGUUUAGGAAA